AUGGCGCAGGGUAAGUGGAGGCGAGUUGUAUGGAAACAUCGCGGCAAGGCCAGCGACGACGCAUCAACCGGGGCAGAGGUGGAGGAGUCGGUAGUGGGCGAGAGCUUCGAGUUCGCCUUCGACAACGAGGCCUUCUCGGACAGGGUGCUGCGGAUAGAGGUCGUCGGCAGCGACGGCGCUCCCAGGGCCGACAGCCGCAAGCGCCGUCGCCGCGAGGAGGACAAAAGCAAUGAUGAAGAAGGUAUUGACUAUUCUAGUACUGUCACGGGCACACCUGUUUUACGAGUCAACACCAUACAUGUUAGUUCGGCGAUUCUUGCUGCAAAAAGUCCUUUUUUCUUCAAGCUUUUCUCAAAUGGCAUGAAAGAGUCUGAUCAGAGGCAAGCAACACUUACAAUUGGAGAUUCAGAGGAAAAGGCCUUCAUGGAGAUUUUAAUCUUUAUGUAUAGUGGAAAGUUGACACCAACAACUGAGCCCACUCUUAUACUUGAUAUGCUGAUGGUUGCUGACAAAUUUGAGGUCAUUUCUUGCAUGAAGCUUUGCAGUCAGCGGCUGCUAGACCUGCCUAUGACCCCAGAAUCGGCAGUGAGGUGCCUGAAUAUGCCAAGUUCCAUUUCAAUGGCAGCAGCCCUCAAAGAGGCAGCCAAGCAAUUCCUUGCAGAAAGGUACAAGGAGCUCCUGUCAACAAACUUCCAAGAUGAACUAAUGAGGGUCCCUCUUGCUGGGAUUCAGGCCAUCUUAUCGAGGAAUCGCCUUGGAGCUGCAUCUGAAGAAUCAGUUUAUGACUUUGCGCUCAGGUGGGCACGUUCACGGUACCCAAAUUCGGAAGUAAGGGACAAGAUUUUGAGUACACGUUUACUUCCACUGGUGCCAUGGGUGCUCGGGAUGACCAAUGACAUUCAAAUUGAUCAUCCAUCUUGUAUAAUUAACCUCACAAUAAAGCGUGAGAAGUGUUCCAGGCUGGUCCCAUCAGGAUUAAUGCGUUCUCCGUCGUUCCAAUGCGCGGGGCGUGACUUCUUCCUCUCGGCAUGUUGUGUGACGACAGAUCAGUCCCAAUUUUUUAGCCUCGCCAUAAAGAUGUUAGAAGACAAGGGGGCAAUAAGGGGGACAGUAGAUUACGAGAUUGGGGCAAAGACAAGACCAUCACUGAAGUUUGUCACCAAGUAUAGGUGCACCACCUCCACCGAUAGUAUGGGACAAGAUGGUUGUUGCGUUCCUUGGUCGGAGUUAAUGGCUGACGACAACCCUUACUUCAUCGACGAUAAACUCCAUCUGCAAAUUCACGUGAAGAUAACACCACUGCCAUAG